UGCUCGUUUGCUGGCCAGGAAAAGCCCAUGAUGGUCCGACCCAACAACACCACGCGGGGUUGAUAAGGUGAGACGACCAAGAACAGGAAGACCUAGACCUACCUCCCAUUCCUCCCUCCUUCCGCCGCCGCCGUUCAGCUCCAGGUUCCCCGCCGCCGCUGUGCUCCAGGUUCCCCGCCGCCGCCGCUCAGCUCCAGGUUCACCGCCGCCGCCGCUCAGCUCCAGGUUCGCCGCCGCCGCUCUGCUCCAGGAGAUCGUCGGAGAGGAUGAAGCGGCGGAUCCUGAACCUUGGGUUGUAUGACGGCCUCAGGCACUUGUAUUCGCUCCGGCGCUUGGGCCUCCUCAAGAUUAAUUUUUUUCACCCCACGGCGGAACAAGUUGCCGCGCAUGGCAAGGUGUUGCCAACAGUACUGACGCCCGCCGAGGCCAACACGACAAGGACCUCCAGCACUAAUCUGGCGGCGGCGGAGGCGGCGGCGCCCAAGAUUGAUCUGCCAAAAACCGAGCUGGUCAUAAGGCCGCCGCAGCUCGACUACUACAUGUUGAACCAUCACACCGUUCAUUUCUUGCCCACCGCCUCGGAGAGCAAGGUCGUCUUGGUCGACCGCGGGAACCGCAUGCUGCGCUUCGACGUCGUCGAUGGCACCCGCUGCAUCGAUACGCUGCCAUGGCUCCACGGACCCAAGGUGAUGCCCAUGUCCAUCUCCGUCCCUCCAACGGAUGUACACCUCUAUGACGGCGAACACACCGGCGAUCUCUACAUCAUCGAUGGCCUCCUCUACCCGCACAUGGCGGAGGAGCGGCCGCAGUUCGAGGCCCUGGUGUGGAGGGGGAUCCGCCCGACCCAUCACAGCUUCUGGCACUGCGACAUCCUCCCACUGCCGCCGUGGAUCACCCACCACAAGCGCGCCUUCGUCCACGGCCAUGCCCUCGUCGGCGACACCAUCUGCUUCUCCAUCUCUGGCACUGAGGAUGCCAGCACCUCCAACUCUGCAGGCAUCGAGGGUGCCGGCACCUACUGCUUCCACAUUGCGACUCGUGAGUGGAGCAAAGCUGGCGACUGGCUCAUGCCCUUCCAUGGCAAGGCGGAUUACGUCCCUGAGCUUGGCCUCUGGUUUGGCAUCUCUUCGCAAGGCAACCUCCCCUGCGCUGCUGACCUCUCGGGCGUUGUCACAGGGGAGGAGCCGUCGCCGGACAAGAUGCGGAUCUGGGCUCGUGAUGACCUGCCAGAGGAGUGGCAGCCUGACAUUUUGUUCAGGUCCAAGGUAGCGAGUCUCGGUUCUGGCAGGUUCAUCCUCAUGGACAUGUUGGAUACCAUUGCACCUGCAUCUGGCAAGGAAUUUACCCUCUUCACUGGUAUGGAGCUAGCGUUCAGCAAUGGCAGCAAAGGCAACGAGAGUGGCCACCACAAUAGUAGAGGCAACGAGAGCAGUAGCUCUGGUGACGAGAAUGGCGCCAAAGGCAAAGGGACAAUGUGUGGCCUCCGUAUGAUCAAGCACAAAUCCGGUCGUUACAUGUUGAAGAGGAAAUUGGAGAUCAAGGCGGUGUUCUGAAUGAUUCAGCAAGUCAUUUUGAACUGAACUGCAGCUAGUGUAUGCAUGCAUGCAUUCUGUUACUUAAUUUGCUAUCUUGAGUCAGUCAGUCUAGUGUUGCUGCUCCAUCUCCAUGUUUACAGCAACUAGUGUUGCUGCUCCGUGUUAAGCCGGGUUAACUAAUCUAUCUUGCUGUAUGAUGAAACGUACUACCAUAAAUUGUACGUACCUCCCUGGUGUUAUUCUGGACCAUUUCCAUCUAGUAUUUGGAUUUGCUGCUGAGCAAAUAAUUGUUUGAUUUGAUGGCAAUCAAUUUUGUAUCCUUAAGCUUA